GAUGGCUCUGCUUUGAGUCCUAUUUUUCAUUUUAGAGCUUCCCGGCAUGUGAUAUUCUUCUUUGAUUUUAUUUUUAUUGUUCCUCGUAAUUGCUGGGAAUAUAAGGGCAGAAGAAAGAUAAAAUUCUGAAUGGAAAUAAUUUGUCUGGUAAAGCGAGUUACUCUUAUCUUUAGUCUUUUAUUAAUUAAAUUUUUAAACCUUCGGUUCUAGUUCUUGGACUCGUUGAUGCUUGUUUUGGAAGGAACUCUAUAAAUAAUGUUAUUUUAAAAUAAAAGUGCACUAUUUAAUUAAAAGAAGUGCACUCCAAUUAGGAGAACCGAAAGAAGACAGCUGGUCAAGAGCAAGCGUAUUUAUAAGAUGAGGAUUGCAACCACCAUCAACGCGGUCUCACGUUUUUUUUUUUUUUUUUUUGUCAUAUGCAUCGUCUUCGAAUUAUAAUGCCAUUCCGCUCAUUUUUUUUCCCGGCCUUUUGGCUAAGAUCGAGAGUAUUUCUCUUAUGAAAUCUUCUCUAGCUUGGCUAAGAAAAUGCAGCUUAAGCCAUUCCAACGCUCAAUGAUUGAUUAGAAAUGUAUUGACAUCAACGUAUCUUAGGCGGUGAGCCAGGGAGCACGAGCCACAUGAUCAAUCAGGCGCAUUGCCCGUGCCGACCUGAAGCGUGUGGCCGGCACCCUCUAAUCAUCUUAAGAUGAGCUUUGAUGCUAGCGUGACGUUGAAGGGAAGAUCCGGAGGGGUUGGAUUUGUCAUCAGAGAUCACCUUGGGCGUCUAGUUGCUGCAGGUGGCCGGUGCACGCCAGGGCUCAGAGUAGUGGGGGGUGCAGAUAGGUAUGGUGAUGGUCAUCCUCUUAUUUGUGAAACCCGCAGGCUAGUUUUGAAGAUGGACGAUUUUGAGGCAGUACAUGUAUUCCGAGAGGCGAAUAUAGCAGCAGACUGGAUCAUCUCUUAUGUUGCACAGCAUUCAAGGAAGAUCUGCUGGACUUCCACCGUAGAGCUCCCGCUCCCACUGUAUUUUUUUCUUUCUUCGGAUCUGGCAGGAUGUACUCACUUUAGAGCUACAUGUAAUUACCGUUAAAAAAAAAAAAAAAAGCGCGGCCGGCGGCGAUGCAUAUGAACCGCCCUCCUCACCCGCCGGCGCCGCAUCCCUGAUAUGAUUCUGAUCUGGCAGCGCGCAGGAGAAAGAAGCCAAGCUCGGCCGCCGCGAAGGAAGAAAACCUGGGGCAAAACCAAAGCCAAAUAGAAAGCGAGAGAGGAGCGGAGAGCGAGUGGGGUGGGUGGGGAUUGGAGGGGGGCUAAUGGAGACCGCGAGGGAGGCUCGUCGAAGGAAGAUAAUGGAGCGCGGAUCCGAACGCCUCGCCUUCAUCACCGGCCAAUCCCGAUCCCUUACCCCGUCUUCCUCCUUCAGUUCUUCUCGUCCUCCCACGCUCCAACAACAGCAAGGAGAGGAGGAGAAUCCACGAUUCACCACCGCCGAUGUUCUCUGUCAUGAUGAUGCAACUGGCAUGGAGGCACAACACAAGCAUCGACCAAUCGAUCAGACCUUCAGUACUGCAGUGGAGGAUGAUGAAACAGAACUGCUUCCCAAACGCAAUCAAACAGAGAACUCUGCAUGUGUGAGACAAGCAGCGAAUUCGCAAGAUGCAAGAUGGGCAAAAGGUUUCAAAAAGGCAAAUUCUCUUUCUCGCUUCGGGUUGAAGAAGAGUCAGGUGGCUUCAGUCCUUCAUUGGAAAAUGCUAUACUUUCGUUAUGUCGCUAUAGCCCUUUUGGUAGUUAUGUCGACCCAUGGCCAUUCCAUGGGUGGCAAAAUCUUGGGAAGCAUGCUGAACCUUAGGCCACCAUCUCUAGUGUUGCUAACUGACGCAGCAUUCAUCAUCGGGCAGCUAUUACUAAAUCGAAAAAGUCACAUUAAAGAUGGGGAAGAAGCAAGGGGGACAAGGCAAGAGGAAUUUGGUUUUGCUGAUAACAUAGGUAAUGCACUGGCGAUUGGCCUUGUUUUCCAGAAAGCCUUGAAUGCUGCCUUCAUGGAUUGCAGCAUUUGUGCAGUUAUCAUGAUCUCCGGCUAUUUUGUUUAAGGCCUUCCUAUUGAACUAUAGGCAUAAGGCAGUACUAUUUGUACCAUAUUGAAUCGAUGUACCACAUAUGAUAUUUUGAAGGGACUGAUGCAUUGGCAUAAAAUUGAACAUAGAUGUUGCUGGCUUUGUUAUCUUUCUUCCAAAGUCUUGCAUUGAAGCAUCGCAUUGAAUUGAAAUGGUAAAAUAGAAACUUACAGGCAGGAGAGAUGCGAAUGACUUGACAGUUGAGACAAGCUAAGUAGAUGUUUAUGUUUCAGAUAUCAUACUGGCCUAUUUCGUUGAGCUAGUAAUGUUGCCGGGCUAUCUUAUACUGAAUGGUUCCAAUGACUCUUUAACAGUGAGAAUGUUAAUUGGGAGGAUUUUAACUCUUGGGUGCAACUAAAUAUAGCCUAGCACUGACCAGCCACCAGAGUAUUUUUUUCAUAAAAUUAUGGAUCAAUUUGGUUUUUGGCUGAUUC